UAUUAGAUCAAUUACUUGAAGAUGCUGAGAGAGAGUUAGAAUCUUUAAAGGAAUUAUCAGAGAAAAGACUACAAGAAAUAGAAAAAUUGAAGCUAAAACUCAAAAAGAAUAAUGAUUCACUUGCAGAACAGGAGUCAACUGAAGCAUCUGACACUGACACGUCAAUACAAGAAGAUGAAGAUGUAAAGUGGUUUCAAAAUGGUGUACGCCUUUUUAAUCCUUCACUAGAUAGUUGUAAAGAAGUAAUCAGUAAACUGGAGGAUAAACAUGAAAUAAUGGUGCUCAUUGCUUCACCAUCUGAAAUAAUUCAGUUCCUAAUACCAACUAUAUUGGAAAGAAAAGCAAUAAAACAGCUUACUAUAUACUCAUCCUUAUCUCCUGAGGAUAUCCUCUCAUUCUCUUCUGAAUUAUCAACCAACAAAUCGUUAACAAGUUUACAGAUUAUUCAUAAUUCAAUCAGUGAUGAUGGAGUCUUUGUAUUAGCACAAGCACUGCAAUAUAAUGAAACACUUCAAUACUUGUAUCUUAACGACAAUCCUGACAUCACUUCAGCCAGUGCUCAAUCGCUAGCGAAACUUUAUAAGCUCAGUUGCCUUAAUCUUGAUAAUACUAACAUUGAUCCUAAUGAAGUAAUGGAUUUGAUGGAAUCACUCAUGCAGGACCAAUAA